AUGUGUAUAGUCUUUUGCCGGUUCCCGAGGCUGGUGGACGUGGUUUUGUCGUUACGGAACUACGCGUCAUUCUUUGAAUAUUGGGGAUUGCGUGCGCGUGGUCCCUGUUUGUACCACAAUUAUUUGCAACAUUCUAAUUCCUAUUUUCAUACUUUUUGUUAAAUAACGUUGGACCGAAAUCUUAAUCGGUGCCUGUAGCCAAAAUUGAGAGAGAGAGAGAGAGAGAUUUUGCCGGUGUAAUUCUAAUUGGCUCUAGUGUCGAGUUAAUAUCAACGAAGAGAAGUUGAUACUCGUUUUUCUGAUUUUAGAUUUAUAAAUACGUGUAGAAUAUAGAUAUGGCGGUUAUUGCGAAUGUACAGGAGGUCCGUGAGAUCACAAAGAUAGAGCGUAUUGGAGCCCAUUCUCAUAUUAGAGGUUUAGGGCUCAAUGAUAGUUUGGAACCUCGUCAUGUAUCUCAAGGUAUGGUUGGCCAGCUUAUGGCACGUCGCGCAGCUGGUGUUACUUUGGAGAUGAUCAAAGAUGGAAAAAUAGCAGGUCGUGCAAUACUAUUAGCUGGACAACCAGGUACAGGAAAGACAGCAAUUGCCAUGGGAAUGGCGCAGGCUUUGGGACCAGAUACCCCUUUCACAUCGAUGGCUGGUUCUGAGAUCUAUUCUCUGGAAAUGAGCAAAACAGAGGCUCUAACUCAGGCUAUCAGAAAAUCCAUUGGUGUGAGAAUUAAAGAAGAGACGGAGAUCAUAGAAGGCGAGGUGGUAGAGAUCCAAGUAGAUAGACCUGCAACUGGUGUUGGUGUCAAAGUUGGCAAACUAACACUGAAGACUACUGAGAUGGAGACUAUCUAUGACUUGGGAAAUAAAAUGAUUGACAGUUUGAUGAAAGAGAAAGUGCAAGCUGGCGACGUUAUAACAAUAGAUAAGGCCACAGGAAAGAUCAACAGACUCGGACGAUCCUUCACAAGGGCGCGAGACUAUGACGCUACCGGUUCACAAACGCGCUUUGUGCAAUGUCCCGAGGGGGAGCUACAGAAGCGUAAAGAAGUAGUCCAUACUGUAACUCUGCACGAGAUCGACGUGAUAAAUAGCAGAACUCACGGCUUCCUGGCGUUAUUUUCCGGUGAUACCGGCGAGAUCAAGUCGGAAGUACGGGAUCAGAUCAACGGCAAGGUCGCUGAAUGGCGGGAGGAGGGCAAGGCGGAGAUCGUACCGGGUGUACUUUUCAUCGACGAAGUACAUAUGCUGGACAUUGAGUGCUUUUCGUUCCUUAAUAGAGCGUUAGAGAACGAAAUGGCUCCUGUUGUAAUCAUGGCGACUAACAGAGGCAUCACGAGGAUCAGAGGGACAAAUUACAAGAGUCCUCACGGCAUUCCGAUCGAUCUGCUGGAUCGUAUGAUCAUCGUCCCAACCAGUCCAUACCAGGAGAAGGAACUGAAAGAAAUCCUGAAGAUAAGAUGCGAAGAGGAGGAUUGCGAGAUGGCGGAUGAUGCUCUGACCGUGCUAACGAGAAUCGCUCUGGAAACGUCCUUAAGAUACGCGAUUCAGUUGAUUACGACCGCUUCACUGGUCAGUCGCCGAAGGAAAAGCACAGAGGUCAGUAUCGAUGACGUGAAACGCGUCUACUCCUUAUUCAUCGAUGAAAACAGGUCCACGCAGUUUCUCAAGGAAUAUCAGGACGAUUUUAUGUUCAACGAAUUCUAUGAGUCUAUGGAUACCUCGCAAUAAUAAUACGUCGCGGUAGUGUUGGAAGAUUUUAUACCGCUCCGUCACAAUUCUCAUGUUUCCUAAUGUACUGUAAUGUAAUUAUGAUCUUACAUUAAAUAAUACAAGUUCAGUUAGGACAAAUAAUUUUCCCACUGAUCAUCGAAAUAACUGAAAAAUAAUUCCUUACACUACAGAUGUAAUUACUUGUUGUCCAAAUACAAACAGUAUUCUUUGAA